AUGGGCGGAGAUUCCGACCGCCCAUCCUUCCUUGCCUGGGAGUGGUCCGCGCGCCAAUGUAAAGAAGCUAAAGAGUCUUCACCCUUGGCAAGAACUCUGCUGAAGUUCUUUCGUGGCUGCAGCGCUUCUCUUAUGUCGGCAAGCUGGAAGGAGUCAGUCAUAUGCUACUUCGCCCAGGACAUGCAGAAGUUGCUGGUUGUGAGGCUACAGCAGCGAGGAGAGAUCCUGGAGCUUCCCUUGCAGAGCCUUUCUUGGAUUUUUCCCUACAGCUUCUUCAAGAUUGGAGCAAGCUCAGAUGUCCUGUACUUGCGCUUUGAGAUUGAGGAGAGGGCCGAGCUUGCCUUGGUAUUAGGAUACAUCUCUGCACAUGCGGCAAGCUUCGUGCAGAAUCCGAGUCAGGUGGUCCUGGCCUUGGAGUUCUUAAACGUGCACUUUGAAGAAGCCCUCGAGGAACUCGGUUCGACGAGGCGAUGUGCUGAAGUGGUGCUUGAAGUGUCGGAAGUCUUUCAAGACAGUAGAUUCGCAGGCCUUACUGGCGCAGCCUUUGAAGUCCAGAGCUUCGCGAGCCGCAUUCGCCCAAGGUUCCCUUGGCUGGGCAAAGCUUUGGAGGCUUUGGAGUCACUUGGGUGUUCGAAUCUUCUGGCUGGCCACUUGUCAAGGAAGGUGGCGGAGUGCGCGAAGGCUGAAGUCGCUGCCUCGGCGGCUCCAGCAGCACGUUGGCGAGUAAGUCCUGAAGCACGAGGCUUGUUUGACAGCCUUGCAAGCUCCAAGGAGAGCUCAGAUGUGCUGUUCGCUGUUUCAAGACAGGACUUGAGGCAUUGGUUGUCAAAUGCAGGCACCGGCUCUGAUGAAGUAGAUGGCUUCAUUCUUGCUCAGAAAAUUGCCCAGUUGAGUUCGGCUGGUUCCCUUGCGGAUCGCCGGAAAGCAGCAAUGACAUCGGAGAUGUCCUUGGAAGCCGACGUGAUGAAGGAGUUGAACUUUGAGAAGGUGGGGAAUGGUUCCUACCUGAUUGAGGUGAAGAUGGACUGCUCCUUCCAUCAGUUCCAGAGGGAUCCCAAAUCCAUGAAGCUGCACGCCGACGAGAUCAUCACGUGCUUCCUUGGUGAUAAGAAAAAGGCAAAGUUCCUCGGUGUCGCGAGAGGCUCCGCAUGCUUUGUCUGGGUCGUCUGCAAGAUUGAGGCGAUUGUCCUGGCAAUUGUUGCGUUGGGCGGCGUAGGCUGCGAAGGUCUUCGCAGGCCCUGGCAGCUUCUGUUCGGAGCCUUUCGGCCAGGGUUCAGGGCACAGGCGCCCAUUCCGGCGCACCGCGGCGAUAGCUUCCAACUUUCCUCUCCAUGCAGUUGCAUCAGGGGCCUGAUUCGGUCCAAGAUGCCGAACAGCGACAUUCAAGUUGGUGGGAGCCUUCGAGCGCAUCUUCGCCCUGCUGUCAUGAGCCAUCAAGUGGGACAGCUUCACGUGCGCGCACCCGCUCAACAAACAGACUCAAUAGACGCAGUCAUACAACAGCUACAACCUCCCGACCGAGACCCGCGUCAAAGCUACGUUUCGUUCGUUGAGCGGACGGCGGAAGAGCGACACUCUGACCUCCGAGAGAAGCUGCAGAGAAAGUGCGAAGAGGAAAAGCGCAACAACCCUGUCGAGGCCGACGUCAUCACCUGCAGAUGCUGUGCAGUUGGUAUGGUCUACGAAGGGCGCGCCAUCCGCCAAGCUAUGUGUGAACAAGGGUCCAUGAGUGCAGAGCUCUGGACUGCACACUCAUUAGGCGGUGGGUACGCCGAGUGCGUGGAGUACAGAGCUGGUACUCUGGAAGAUGUUGGCGAGAGGGUCUUCAACAUUACUCACGAAACAGACCCAGCCAUCAUCGAAUCCGCGCACGAAGACCUACGGCGCUUGGAGAGCCAUUUUCAGAAGAUUCGCAGCAUGCCUGCAGACCAAGCAAGGCUCCUACGCAGUUGGAUAAACCAGUGUAAACCUGCGAUGGCAAGACUUUCCUCGCGGUGA